GAAGGAUUUUGACGUUUUGAAGUGUCAUGUUCGCCGAUGACUCGCAAAAAUCAAGAAUUCGAGGAAAGUUGAACACAAAAUAUUAAAAAGUCCCGAUUUUUAAGUGAAAUAAUCGAAAAUGGGUCAAAAUCAAUCGGGAGCUGGCGGAAGCGGCGACAAAAAAGACGACAAAGACAAGAAAAAGAAGUAUGAGCCUCCAAUCCCGACGCGCGUCGGCAAGAAAAAGCGCAAGGCAAAGGGUCCCGAUGCCGCGAUGAAACUUCCGCAAGUCACGCCACACACAAGAUGUCGCUUAAAGUUACUCAAGCUCGAGCGGAUCAAGGAUUUCCUGCUAAUGGAAGAGGAAUUCAUCCGAAAUCAGGAACGUUUGAAGCCACAAGAGGAGAAAAACGAAGAAGAACGUUCAAAAGUCGACGAUUUGCGCGGAACUCCCAUGUCUGUGGGCAAUUUGGAGGAAAUUAUCGACGAUAAUCACGCCAUUGUCUCAACUUCGGUCGGUUCGGAGCAUUAUGUGAGCAUUUUGUCGUUCGUGGAUAAAGAUCAACUCGAGCCCGGAUGCUCCGUGUUGCUAAAUCACAAAGUUCAUGCCGUCGUUGGGGUCUUAAGUGACGACACAGACCCCAUGGUGACGGUUAUGAAGUUGGAAAAAGCUCCGCAAGAGACUUAUGCCGACAUCGGAGGGCUCGAUACGCAAAUCCAAGAGAUCAAAGAGUCUGUCGAAUUGCCUCUGACGCAUCCGGAGUACUACGAGGAGAUGGGAAUCAAACCUCCGAAGGGCGUAAUUUUGUAUGGAGCACCGGGAACGGGCAAAACUUUACUCGCAAAAGCUGUUGCCAAUCAAACUUCGGCGACUUUUUUGCGUGUUGUCGGUUCGGAGCUCAUCCAAAAAUACUUGGGCGAUGGUCCAAAACUCGUUCGUGAACUUUUCCGCGUCGCUGAGGAACAUGCCCCGUCAAUUGUCUUCAUUGAUGAAAUCGAUGCGGUCGGUACGAAACGUUAUGACUCCAAUUCCGGCGGCGAACGUGAAAUUCAACGAACAAUGUUGGAGCUUUUGAAUCAGUUGGAUGGCUUUGAUUCGCGCGGCGAUGUCAAAGUAAUUAUGGCAACGAAUCGCAUUGAAACCUUGGAUCCGGCGUUGAUUCGUCCCGGACGUAUCGAUCGUAAAAUCGAGUUCCCCUUGCCCGAUGAGAAGACAAAACGGCGUAUUUUUAACAUUCACACGGCGCGAAUGACCCUGGCUGAGGACGUAAAUUUGUCCGAAUUGAUUAUGACGAAGGAUGAUUUGUCGGGUGCCGAUAUUAAGGCAAUUUGCACGGAAGCUGGCUUGAUGGCGUUGCGCGAACGACGCAUGAAAGUCACGAACGAGGACUUUAAGAAGAGCAAGGAAAGCGUUUUGUACCGAAAGAAGGAAGGAACUCCCGAGGGAUUGUAUCUUUAAAUAUUUUUUUUUUGUAUUUUCCUCGAUUUGAAACUUAAAAAAAAAUAAAAAAAAAAUUAAAAUUAA